GACGUACACUCGCCUCUCGUCCAAUGAAAAAACGUGUUGUCCAAACGGGAGAGGCUACGCUAACUAUCCGAUAGAGGAGGGUGCGAUUGUGUUUUGCUAUUUUGCGUGGAAUAAACCACCUUUUCAGUAUUGUGCUGAUCAUCUUAUAUAACACAGAGUCCAAAAUGACAUACAGGAGAGAGAGGAGCAUACGAGAGGUGUAUGAUGAACGCUUUUUAAACGAGAGACCAGGUCCGUACCCACGAGCAGGUGGACCAGUGGAGAGGAGGGGCCCCUUUGGCAGACCUGAGGAGGACUACAGCCGGGGUGGGUACGAGUACGAAGGAGGUCCCCGCUUUUUCCCGAAUGGAGGCGGCCCCCGGAAUUACCAUGAAGAUCAGAGGAGCUAUCACGGCGACAACCUUCAUUUCCCUGCUGAACGCAGAGCCGUUCCGCCUGCAAGAAGGGAGGAUUUUCCUUACAGAGUACCCAGAGAGGACCCUCAUCCAGGCCGGACGAUGGAGUUUGGUGCCCGUGCUCCACCUCCUCACAACGUGCGAACCCAGGGAAUGUACCCGGCGCCCAGGUCGCUCCCAGAGAGCGGAGAAGACACACUAGUCCAGGCCAUCCUCAACCUGGACAGAGGGGAGGACAGAGACCAUUACAGGAGAAAGGCCGCCCCGUUCCCCCCCAUCAGAGAGCGCUCUCCUGUACGCCGUGAGGUGGCACGCUCCCCCCACAGUCGCUCCGGCUCCAGCGUCAGCAGCAGAGGCUACUCACCAGAAAGGGCCAAGAACCUGCCUUUUCCUUCACAGCAAGGCAAGAGUGCAGACGGUCCAGAUGGUCCCGCGGGUGUCACUGAGCACCUUUGGGGGUCGCUCUUUCCUCAACAGGGCGGAAAUGACACUAUGGGUUAUGAAGAGACUUAUUCUCAGAGCAAGAUGACUGACAAAAUUCCCGGCCUGUCGAGAGAAGGCUCUCCACACAGCGCAACGUCGAACAAGGAGGAGAACCAUCCUCCAGAAGCUCCAGAAAAAGAGGACCCCCUGGUAGCUCCUGUGGUGGAGGAGAGCCAAAAGUCCGCUGAAAGUUUUCAAGAGCAACGAGCGCUGGCCAUCGCAGCUAAAGCCCAGGAGAUAGAGAAGGUGUACCGGCAGGACUGCGAGACGUUCGGCAUCGUCGUGAAGAUGCUGGUGGCCAAAGACCCCAACCUGGAGAAGCAGCUGCAGGUUCCCCUCAGAGAGAACCUCGGGGAGAUCCGCGAGCGCUGCCUCGAGGACCUCAAACACUUCAUCAGCGAGCUGGACGAGGCCGUGCGGCAGCCGGAGCCCUCCGUCUGCGACUCGACCACGCCGUCCACGUCUGGUCAUAAACUCUCAAAGACGGCCGUGAAUCACAGCUCCUCUUACUGACAUGUCGUUAAUUGAGACUAAACAUAGGAAUGACUCUUGGAACGUGAUGGAUAUCUUGACAUAAACUGUCGCUUGCUGGACUGAAGCUACUUGACAGCACGGCAACCUGAAGAACAACGCGGCAUGGAGACGAUGCAGUGUUGCACCUGGGGGACGAUCAGUGUUAGUUGCGAACAGAGCUUUUUUUUUUUUUUCUACAUUCAAUUCCUCUGUUAAAAGACAUUGAUUAUGACAUAUUCUUGAGUUGUUCUUAUGUCAAAUGUUCAAAAAUAAAACAUUUUGUCUAUUUAAAAAGCCACUUCUGUCACAUCCCAGUGAAAAUGGUUAGAAUUGGUCUCGUUCUUUAACCUUUCUUUCUUUGGCGUGAUGUUGGCCUGUUGUUUCCAAAAGCCAGACUAGAUUUUGAUUUGAGUAUUUUCAGUCUUGUGAAUUUCUACGAUGUGAUAUUUGACUCGGUGCUGCUACAAUUUACAACAACAAUGUUAAACGUUAUUGUAUAAAUUUCUUACUGUUUGAAAAUGCCUGUUCAGUUUAAUUUCAUUGUGUUGUCUCAAACUUUGUAUCCCUCAUGAAAAAAACCUGCACAAAGCUUUUGUUAUUUUUGAAUACUCGAGACAAGGCUUUGCACAAACGUCUCUGAAGGUUGUAGUAAACACGAUUUCAGUUACAAUUUGUUUAUUGUCAUCCAUUAAAACAAAUCUUAAAUGUUUGAAUAUUUUAA